AUGACAACCACAAAUUUCGCUGGUACUUCCGCCCCGUCAGCGUUGCCAUCAUUGUUGAUUUCGUUGCUUCUUUGGACGACUCCAACAACACAAGCUUGGAAACAAUGCCAAGGAGGGGGCAUAUGCCCAGAAUUUGCGACUUGUUGCCCCUCCUCGGUCCCUGGAAGCCCCCCUGCUUGCAUUUCGACACGGCAUGGAAAAGAUCCAUUAAAUGCUACGGGCCAAUGUUGUGAUGAAACCACCGCCUGUCCAUAUGGUUUUGCUUGUGCGGUUCGGACUUCAGAUGAUGAAAUAGUAAGUCUUCAGGAACAGCCUUACUGCAAGAUUGACAAGCAAAAUCCACCGACGGACUUGUUCCAUGAUCAACCACGGUACGAGAUGUGUCGGAUACCAGAUCCAUCCAUGAUUAUUAUGCAUGGCUUUCCCAUUGUACCACACGCACAAGAGCAACCGAAUCAACAUGAUCAUCAAAAUGAGCUACGCGGCCACCACCACCCAUUGAAAUCGGAUACUUAUUUUCAACUCGCCUACUAUUCUAGUCAUGGGGAUUUGUUCCAAUUUGAUGGCGAUAAGAUUCAGAAGGUAUUGAUCAUGAUUCAUGGAUCGGGACGGACUGCCGAAGACUACUUUUGUGUGGCGCUGUCAUUGGUACCAGAAGGCGAACGGGACAGUGUCUUGGUGAUUGCCCCAAAGUUUUUGGCACCGGUGGAUCUCAACAAUAGCACUGACAUCAAAAACAAAAACUUUUUGAUUUGGCAAGAGGACGAGGCUCCUCCGAAAUAUCCCAUGGCACAUAGCUGGCGGUACGGCGCAGAUGCUUUGAAUGCUCCUGUCAGUAGUUAUGAGGCAAUUGAUCGAUUAGUGGAAUACCUCACCGCUACCAUGAAUCAGCGACAAAUUUUCCCCAAUCUGAAACUAGUGACUGUUGCUGGACAUUCGGCAGGCGGUCAAGUCGUUCAUCGUUGGGCAUUGCUUUCCAAGAUUAUCACGUCCUCGCAACAAAACGUGGAGAUUCGGACCGUGGCGGCCAAUCCUCGAUCCUAUUGCUACUUGAAUGGCAAACGAAUGAUAAUAUACAAGAAUAAAGAAAGCACCAACAAAACUCGUUUUGACUAUCCAUCGGCCAAAGAACUGGAGCAUUGCCCUGACUAUGACCAAUGGAAUUGGGGAUUGCAAGAUGGUGGUACCUUGGAUCCAGUGGUUCCUUACAAGGUUCGUCGAUUGAAGGAGAUGACGCCAAAGGAAUUGGCAGACAAAUAUGUGCGCCAGAAAGUCUUUUAUUUGACGGGAGAAUACGAUGUCAUUAAACAAAAAGACCAUUGUGCUACCUAUGAACUGCAGGGGAAGACUCGACACGAGAGAGCCCUCCACUACUUUGGAGCUCUGAAAGCCUACGUGAAAGAGAAUAAUGGAACCAUUGCUGAUGAUUUGAAUCACGAACUACACACCAUUCCAGAAUCACCGCACGAUCAUCUGCUGAUGUUUCAAAGUGCUGCUGGACGAGAAGCUAUUUUUGGUGAUAUUGAAAUACUGACUACAAAAUGA